AAUUCCGCCGCUGCACAACAGUACGUUGUAUCUACUAUGUAACACGAUUGCGCUCCUCGUAUCUGAAGGAAGAGUGAAAUUAACCUUAGAACAACCGUCGGGCGAGCUAGCUUAAAAAAAAAAAAAAAAAAAAACACAGUCGGGCGAGCUAGCUAGCUAGCCAGAAGGUUCAUCGUCAUGUUUCUGGGCUUUUUGCAGUUGCCCUCCCCCUCCUUCAACUUCUGCGUUAGCGUUUUUGUAUUUAUCUCUUUGCCGAUCAGUUUCGUUAGUCAAACAAUAACCGAAGCGGCUGCAACUUACAUGCACCAUGAUUGCUUAAACGCCAUCACCAUCCCCGACACCACGUACCGAUUUAACCUCAAUCACCUCCUCGCUUAUCUCUCAUCUAACGCCACCCGCACCACCGGAUUCUACAACGCCACCGCCUCCUCUGGAACCUCCGAGGACACCGUCUAUGGCAUGUUCCUCUGUCGCGGUGACCUCCCCGCCGACGCCUGCCACGACUGUGUUUCCGGCGCAACCAAAGACCUUGUUCAGCGCUGCCCCGAGAAGGAAGGGGCCGUUGGUUAUUACGAGGAAUGCACGCUACGCUACUCUAGCCGGUAUAUCUUCUCCAGUUCGGCCGUCGACCCGUCCGCUUUCAUCUCGGGCAAUAAGAGUAUUUCGGAGGCAAUCCGGCUUGGCGAACUUCUCAGGGCAACAUUCAACGAGUUGGCAAGCGGGAUCUCAGAUCUUGGGCCUGGGGCCAAGAAGUUUGGAACGAAAGAAACGAGACUCACAGCAUCACGAACCGUGUACACCCUUGUGCAGUGCACGCCGGAUCUAACGGGUUUCGAUUGCAAUAGGUGUCUUCGUAUAGCGAUGUCGUAUUUGCCGGAUUGCUGUGGUGGAAAGGAAAGUGCCUCAGUUCUCUUUCCCAGCUGCACAGUUAGGUACGACGUGCACCCGUUUUACUUGAGUGUAAACGCAUCGGGAGCAAGGCCCACUCCACUUGUGCCUCCGCCACCUGGUAAAACUGCCAUUGUUGUCUAUGCAGGAAAAAGUCGAAUCUCAUCACUGACUAUUAUUGCCAUUGUUGCUUCUAUUUCCGUCUCUGUGGUGCUAUUCGCUAUUGGCUACUGCUUCCUUAGUAAGAGAGCAAAAACAAAGUAUAUACAGGAGGAAAAUGGUAAAGAAAGUGGAGCUCCGGAUAAUAUUACCACUGUAGACUCCUUGCAAUUUAGUUUUGCUACAAUUGAAGCUGCAACAGAGGGAUUCUCAGCUAAUAACAAAUUAGGUGAAGGCGGAUUUGGUGCGGUUUAUGUGGGUACACUUACUAAUGGACAACAAAUUGCUGUGAAGAGGUUAUCGAAAAGUUCCAAGCAAGGAGGAGAUGAAUUUAAAAACGAGGUUGUAUUGGUAGCCAAGCUUCAACACAGAAAUCUUGCAAGGCUAGUGGGAUUUUGUUUGGAAGGAGAGGAGAAGAUACUUGUCUACGAAUUUGUUCCCAACAAAAGUCUUGACUAUUUUCUUUAUGACCCUGAAAGGCAAGGACAACUGGACUGGUCUAGGCGUUACAAGAUUAUUGUAGGGAUUGCUCGAGGAAUUCUUUAUCUUCACGAAGAUUCUCGGCUUAGAAUCAUACAUCGCGAUCUUAAAGCCAGUAACAUUUUGCUAGAUGGGGAUAUGAAUCCUAAAAUCUCUGAUUUUGGCAUGGCCAAGAUUUUUGGAGUUGAUCAAACACAGGGAAAGACCCGUAGGAUUGCCGGCACAUUCGGUUACAUGUCUCCAGAAUAUGCCAUGCAUGGAAAAUUUUCUGUAAAGUCUGACAUGUAUAGUUUUGGAGUCUUAAUUCUGGAGAUUUUAAGUGGCAAGAAGAUUAGUUCUUUCUCUCAAUCAGAUGGUGCUGGACACCUAUUGAGCUAUGCAUGGAAACAUUGGAGAGAUGGGACACCCUUGGAGUUGUUGGAUCCAUCCUUGGGAGAUUCUUACUCGAUAAAUGAAGUCACCAGAUGUCUCCAUUUUGGACUACUAUGUGUACAGGAUGAUCCAGCCGACAGGCCGACAAUAGCAUCGGUAGUUCUAAUGCUAAACAGUUACUCAGUUGCUUUGCCAUCGCCUAAUCAACCAGCAUAUUGGCUUCAUAGUCGAACAGAGCAAAAACUGCCAUUAAAGGAGCCGGAGGUGGAUCAAUCCACAAGCAAAUCAAUAUCAUGCACUGUCAACAGAGUAUCGGUUACUGAACUGUAUCCUCGAUAGUGUGAGCAGCAGAGGAUUCCUUAUAACCUGCAAUACUCAGUUGCCAAGGGCUCGAGGGAAACUGAUGGACUGGAGAUUCCGAGGAGCAAAACGGCGAAACUCUUAUUAAAGUUGACUCGGGCCGAUUUACCAGCUCAGUACCAUUCUCCCCACAGACAUCCUGCUCCGUGUAAGUUGAGUGAAUAAAAUUACUGGUUUUAAAGUAUAAAUGAAUGACCCUCGUCCCUCUUGACUAAAGGGUCAUUUUCAAAACACUGCAAUGUAAAUUAAUCCAUGUUAUUUCUUCAUCCUUGGAGAAGUAAAUGUAAAAAGUUAAAAACCCAAUAAAUGCAGAAGUA